CUAGAAAUAACAAUAAUGAUUGAAUUUAAAAUCAAUUUCAGAACCCAUUUAAUAUCUACUGACGGAUUUUUUCGUUAGUUUUCUAUUAAGCAAAGUUCGAAAAUGAUCUUGAAAUUUUUUUCAUUGAUUUGUGGUUAGCGACAAAGUAAGACUUUUUUACUCUGAAAUCAAUUUUUUACCAAGCUGCAUCGUUUUGGAUAAAAGCAAACACAAGUUUCAACUUUCUGUUUAUCAGUCAAUGUUCGCUUCUACUUCCUCAGCAGGAGAAGUCUGAAAUUUAGAGAACACUGCACAGAAAACUGUUUUUUCUACAAAUUCCAUGUUUUAUGCAAUUUAUCCCUUCUUCAGAAACCCCCCAGAAGUGGAAUCUCCCCCUUUUCCAAUAGAAACGCCCUAGGCAACAAAAUAGAUUAUAGUGAUUCCUGGCAAAGGAUGUUAUUGUUUACUCAGAUCUCAAUAAUUACUGCAAAAUAGUCAAUCUUAGAUUCUUGAAAGCUCCAAUGAUUGUGUGCAUUUCUUUCAGUGAGUUAUGACAAAAUUUAAAGCUCAAAAUACAGUAAAAUCUCGCAUCAAAAGUACAACUUUCAAGAACCUCUAGUCUAAAAUUUUAUUUUCUGGCUAAAUUCAAAAAGGAGGUUUUAUGUGGGUUUUGCUGUAAUCAAAGAUAUUGAUCUGGUAAUCAUCAGUACAAGAUUAGAGAGCUCCUUAAAUUUUGAAAUCAAUUACACUAUCAACUAUAUUUUUGAAAAAUUACUACUUGGUUUACUGGCAAAAAGGAUUUUGUAAAUGAAACUUGUAAAAAUAUUUUGAUUAUUCUUCAAACAGGAGUACUUUUUCUAGGAAAAUGGACAUUGUAGCAAAGUAUCUGAUAUGUUGCAGACCAGGAAACUACAUGGCCAAAUUGUCACAAACUCAUUGUUUAAGAAAUCAGAGUAUCGGGUAGAUUCAAUCGAACAUAUUUUGUCAAAACAUCACGCACAACUGCUCCUUCACUGCUAUCAAAAGAAAAACUGGGUCUGGUAGAUGUUUAGCAUCCUCUUCUCUUUUCUUUCCAAUUUCUCUCUGUGUCUUGAUCAAGUCUUCAUCUACAUAUGAUUUAUUUUCCUCACAAAUGUUUUGCAAGAUGAAGCAGGCAUAAAUAAGACAUGGAACGGAAUUCAACUUCAGAUCAAUGGUCUUUGUCAAAACUACCCACCGUGCCUUGAAAAUGACCAAAUGCGCAUUCAAUUGGGUUUCUGGCUGCACGCAAAAGAUUGUUGAAAACAACUUUCUCAUUGCUGUCACAAUUUUCAAAUUCUUUCAUGCAAUAAGGCAGAAGCGGAUAGGCUGGAUCUCCAAUCAGGUAAUUUGGGACCUUUUCACACUCAGGAAAUAUGGAAUGAUGUCUUUGAAAAUUCUUUUCAUCCCUUAAUAUUUUGUUUACAGCAGAAUUUGAAAAAACCAUGCAUCAUGAACACUGCCAGGCCAGCGGCAAUCAACAUCCAUGAAGUAACCACGGUAGUCACACACUGCCUGAACAUUUAAUGAAAAGUACCCUUGUAAGAAUAGAAUUAUUGUGAGCUUUCAGAAGGACGAAUUAUAGGGACAUGUGUUCCAUCAAUACAUCCAAAGGCCUGAAGCAUUCCAAAUUUUGUUUCGAAUUCAGCAACUUUGUCCCUCAUCCCACAAGGACUCUUUGGAAGAUGAAUAUAUAUCUUCUCAAUCACAUUGCAAAUUCCCAAGCACAUUGCAAAUGGCACUGCAAACUUCUGAGAUUACAGAUGAUGUUGUUGACAAAGCAAAAGAGUUUGCAGUCAUACAUAAGGAGCCUGUAUCUUCAAGAUAAUACAGUGUUACUGCUACCUUUUUCUCAGCAGAUAAAGCGCUAUAAUUAGGCGACUUUGGAUCUGGAGAAAUGGAAGGGGCCAAUUCCCGAACAACGCAGUUAAACUGAUUCCUUGAUAGGCAAACAUUUUUAUGCCAAGCAUCAUCACUUCCCUCUCCAUUCACCAUUUUGAUCCACCAUUCUUCAGUUCGACCAGGGUUAAACCAAACAUAUCUGUGCUUUCUCCUUAACCUCCUCAUCCUUGCAUUUUUUGCCUUCUGUAGGAAACGGUUUCUUUUUCGUUGCUCCACUGCAAUCAUCAACUCUUGUAUGUGUCGUUGCAAGGCAAUCCACAACAGCAUCAAGCCAUGUAACUGGGAAAAAAUCAUCAUCCAGUUUUGGGAAAUCAUCGAAAGUAAUCCAGUUAACUUUAAAAUCCAAAGAACAAUAAUCGUUUUGUUUCUCGAUAUUUUGUGUGGUGCUUGGAUAGUGCUUGAAAACUUCUUUCAUCAAAAACAAAACAAGCGCGCCAAAAAUUGAUAUCAACUUGAGUCUAUCAGUUGAAUCAAUACGAGGCCAACCCGCUUUGCCGAGAUGAACUCUGCCUCAUAUAAACGCAAUUAAAAUUAAUCCCGCUUAGGCGAGCCAGCUCGGUCAGGCGGGCUGGCCCGCCUCAUAUAAACAGGCCCUAAAUAGCCAUGACCGAAUGAAGUCAAGUGACAUGCAUGUUGCCUGACUAAUAACCUGAAAAUCUCGCUGUUCAAUGGGAUUAUUGCUUUCUAAAGUUAUCUUUACCAACAGAGUUAUCCCAGGGAUAGACCAGCUAACCUUCUUACACCAUUUAAUGUCAUCUGUUGUUUAUCAACGUCUAGCCUCGCAAUAACUCGUUUCAAAUGAUCUGCAAAAGAGACUACGAAUAUGUUCCCACAACUUUGAAUUCAUAUAGCGUCGACAUAUACCUUGCUUGCUUGAUCAUUUUGAAGGGUUCUCAAUCGUGGCGGCGCUGAUUCAUGGAAUUUUUAGAUUACACACAUAUAAAGCUAUAAAGAGUAAAAGGUUUAGUUCAAAUAAUUUUGUUUGCUCUGUGCUCAUUCAACUCGCAUGUAACCGAACAUAUCUGUAAAUAUGCAUUUCUUGAUCACCAUUCAGCAAUAGUUUUCAACGGUAAACGCCAAAAACAAAAAAAUAAACCCUAUGUUGUUCUUAAGAUUAUUAAGAUAUAACAAGCAACACAAGGAUCCUCCUUUCUCAGAAAACCAUCAGUGUAUUUGGAGUGCUCAUUUGAAGGAGAGCCUUCAUCAAAUUUUCCUCGGCUUUAGGGGAUGCUCUUUCGAAGAUACCUGCAAAGGCGGUACCAGCUGAAAUAAAAGGUUCUAUUUCAUAUGGAAAGGUGAUUAAGGGAAUGGAUGAAUUUUUUUAUCUAAAUGCGGCUGUAGUUAUGAUGGCUAAUAGGAACGAAACAGUUUUCAUCUAGCCAAAAAAUCCAAGCAAACAAAAUCACCAUCAACUAGGUCAAGAUAUUGAUCCAAAAACUAAAAGGAAAAUCUCCUCUAGUUGGUUUCCUUGUACAUUUUGAAAAUUACUAAUUUCCAUAACAAUACAUUUAAGAAAAGGUAUGUCUUGUGGUUGUCCAAAGACUUCCUUUAUUCUACGGAAUAAAUGAAACCACGCUGUCUACCAGCCUGUUUUUCGACCUUCAAUGACCAAUUUAGACUCACCUUGAAUAAGAGAUUUUACCCAUUCUUUGAUGAUGUUUCGAAAAUGAAGCUGUUUAUCAAUUCUUGGCCUUUCACUUUCCAUAAUUAGGUUGUAUUUCAGCUUUUAAAUGAAAUACAAACAUUUAUUGAAAUAUAAUGUUGUUUUUAGGAGCCAAUAAUUACAAAAAAUUCCAAUUUCAAACUUAUACUAGUUUGUUCUUAGAAAGUCUUUCAUAAAGAAAGCAAAUCGAUUUUCGCCAAGGAGAAUCCUCUUCAAAAUCCUCUUCAAAACGAUAAUUGAAAACAUUGCUUGUGAUCUCAGAAAUGCCUUCAAAAAUAAAAGCCCUGUUUGAAGUAUUAAAAUGCUUCCUUUAUUCCUUUUCCUCAAAACUCAACAGGAUUUAUUCUUAACAACUUUUUCAACCAUGAUAAUUUUAAGAAAAAACACCUGUCAAAAGUUAGGACUAAAUAUUGGAACGGAAGUAAAUAAAAGAUGGAACGAAGCUUUUCUUAUUACUGGGUUAUAUCCAGUGCUACCCUAUUUUUAGCCUGCCAUGGCAUGACAAACUGUUAAAUCUUUUUGCUGUUGGUCCAAUUCCAUUACAGUUUUCUUACACGCGAUACCAGAAGUCUGUGGAUGAAUUCUUUUUGCUUUUAUACAACCACCUUAAAGCACGGCGUUAAUAGUCACUUCAACACGGUGCUAUCUGAUUACUGUUCCAUUUAGCUCUGAAGCAAAAACAAAAUAUAGAUUUCUUGACUGGCUACGGUCUUUCUUAAAGCACUGCCCUUGUUAAGAGGAAUAUUAGCAAGGAACCAAUUGACUAGGAUGCUUUCAUGAACGGCCAAAUGAAAGAGCUUUGGUAAUCUGACAGUCAGCUAAUGCUACUUUCUAUGCUUAAUAGUUAAUCUGUUAAAAUCUUUACAAUACACAGAUUUGAUAUCGCAUAGCAGGACCUGCUCGCGAGUGUCUGGAUAGAUUCUACGGUUGUAGAAGUAUGCUUGUAUGAAACUCUAUUUGGUAUAGUAUACAGGCCAAACAAAGUCGAGAUUCUUUCUAACUUUGGUUUGCUGCAAGCUCAUUCCAAAGAAUCCUUAAUCGCAAGGUGCGUUCAAGAUCGCAAUCAUUUUUCGCUCGUUGAAAUUUGAGGCAACAUAAGCGCGAAAAACAAGCAACAGGGAUGAAAACACCAUAGAUAUAAAUUCUUCUUAUUCUCAGACAGAAUCAGGCAGAAUACUUUUGAUGCUGCAAAUGAAACACAGUUAUGCCAAUCGACAAUGGUUAUUCGAACGCCUUAAAGGCAGAGAAACAGAAACAAUACAUUUUUCUACCCAGCCUCAAUGAGAUAAUCUGCGGCAGACUACGGCUGCGGUACUCCAUGGUGAAUGACACCUACUUCAGGGACUAUGAAGAUACUCUGAAUCCAAGAAGCAAAAAUACAACAACAAACUGGGAGAGUGUUCUUUAUGGUUGCGAGGGCAUACAAAAGUACAGAGAUGAAAUUCACGAUGAGCUCUACCUUGAUCGCCAGGAAAAUUUCAAAAUUGCCUCAGUGUCUUGGAAAUUUGACUUCGCAGCCUCUGGCCUGGUUUUAGACGCCAUUCAAAUAAAACUGGAAGUCGUUAAAACAGGCUCUGGCAAGGUCAUCCUUGACCUGACUAACGAAGAAGAUAAGAGAUUGGAAAUAGAAAUCAACGAAGAUAUGAAUCUUUUGAGGAUAUCCGACUUCGGAGGCUCCAAAGUUCUUACUGUAAAGAUUGUUAUAUCUGCAGAAAAGCCUGGUCGCUUUACAAAGUUGUUUUUGCAGUCAACAGCUGGUAAAAAGAUUGAUUGUCCAUUAGAUAUAAACAUACGGUUACAGAGGCCAGCCUUUACACGUGGAAGAAGCUUACUUCUUCUUGGGCUGAUGUUCACUAAGGAAAAGCCAAGUGAAUACAAUAAAAGAAACAGACUCAAAAAGACUCCAACAGAAAGCAAAAAUGGCUACUUGAGCGUUCACAUUCACCAAGCAAAACGGCUUCCACUUCGGAUUGCUGGCACAGCCCCUGACCCUCAAAUUAAAUGCAAGCUUGUUUCGGAAAGUCGUGAAGUCUCCUGUAAGACUACCCGAAUCCGCAAAUCGAUCAACCCAGUCUUUGACGAGCAGUAUGUUUAUGAUGGUGUCAAUGAAGAGCGGCUUUCCAACAUGAAACUGCAAUUAAGUGUCACGCAUGACGUUAGGACUAUGAACCGAUGUAAAAAGAGGGAAUUUCUUGGAUCAGCUAACAUCCAGAUGUUGGACUGGCUCGAUCAAAUUGGAUCAGAUGAGGACGGUACAGAAUCUUUGCAGAGUGGCCUCAAGACAACGCAACAACAGACUUCUUGUGAAAUCACGUGCAGUAGAAUCAGCGGAUCUGAUAGAAAUUUGCACAGGUUUAUACAAAAUGACGAUUUUAUAGACAUCAUGUUAAAUAACUCAAGUCCAGACCUUACUUCUAAUCCAUUUAGCGAAGUAGGGGAAGAAAAUGCGUUGAACAAACAUCGCUCUGUGUCUUUAACAAGCUUACAAAGUGCAGCAAAAGAGUCUAUAGUUGAUAUCGAUAUAAACCAAGAUAAAAAGUGGUGGGGCCAAUCCAGAAGGAAAAGUCUGGGCAAAAUUCUUGGGCUGAAGAUGAGUAAAGCGGAGAAGGUAGAACUGACAAUAAAGAGACCUUCUAUUGUAUUGAGCAACAGUGAAGAAAGUGUUGUUGUUUUAGAGCCUAACAGAGCAGAUGAGACAAGAGAGGAAACUGACUCUGAAAAUGGCACUGAUAUCUCAACUAGUAAAGGACAAUUUUUGCAAUUCGAUGGUUUAAAGGAAACAAGAAGGACUACUCUUACGCCUCUUGUUGAUUCAACGAUCGAAACAUUUGUAGAGCCUCUUUCGCAGGUUCAAGAUAUAACGAGCCUUGCAGCCUCACACUGGAAACAACUGAUAAAUCAUAAAGACCGCUGGCUUUACUGCUGGCACCCGUUAUCUCUAACCGAGAUAUGAUUGUUAUUUAGACUCGAGCGAGAUAAAAAUAAUCUGAAGAUUACUCCUUACUUGUAAUGGCAGUAUUUGAAGAAGAAGCAGUCUAGACACAUGCUUGUAUAAGAUGAUUUUGUGCGAAUUGAUUUUUUCGUUGAAGACCAGCAA